AUCCUCCUCUCCUCGGCAGUGCACAGCCCUCAGUCAGUUCGCCCGCGUGCGCCGCCUGUCCUUUAAAUUAAUUAUUUCUUGCAUUUUGUUUCCACUCCAUCUUAACGCGGAAGUCGGUGACGCACCACUACAAACAGCUGCUCAGCGGGGGCAAUGAAAUAAACAACGCGUCGACAUUCGGGGCGGUGCUGGCAAGGUCUCGUAGUUCAAACCAACAUGCCCUUUGCUCUGGCAGCGGGACAGGAAGUGUGUGUGUGAGCGUCCCCCCCGGUUGGCUCUGCUGGGAUGAACAUGCCACUGCACCAAAUGUCUGUCAUCCCCCGUGAUGUCACCUCGUCGCGGGUGUCGGGCAGCGGGAAAGCUAAAGACAAGGACAAGCAGAAUGAAAAGCCUCUGGGUCCUUCAGCAAGCCGGUCCAGCAAUAUAUCAAAGGCUGGAAGCCCGACUUCAGUCAACGCUCCGUGCAGUUUCUCGAGGACGUCAGUUUCCCCGUCUAGCCAGGACAUCUGCAGUCAGGAUCAGGACACUCAGAAGCAGACAGCGGUGGUUCUUUUGAGUUCUAAGGGUAAAACUUGUCAGGGUUCAGGAGAUGUUUCAGUGACCACCCUCUGCACAGACGUCCUACCUGCUUCCAAACACGCCAAACAGCGAGACUGGCUCUCUCUGCUGCGUCCGUCCUCCGUCAGCAUCCGUUCCAACAACUCGCUCAGGUUUUCGGUGUCUCUGAAUGACGUCGGCCAGCGUGUGGACAGUCUUUGCCGAGGUCUGCAGUUUAUAGAUCGCACGUGCUCUGAGGGAGAGUUGGAGCUGAAGCUCGAGCCCGCUCAGCCUCCUGACUUGGAUCGAAGGGCUCACAAACUCAACUGCAAGCUGGCUGCAACGCCCACACAACAGAUCCCAAAUCCUGGCUUCUCAACGCGCGCCCAGCCCCACCUCGUUCCCUCCUUCACCAACAACUACAAGUACAUGUUGGGCAUAGCGCCUGCCAGUUGUCUCCCAACUGAUCACGGUGUCCUCACCGCUCCUCAUUCCAACACCCACCACCACCCCCAUAACUCCCCAAGCUCCAAUUUUCUUCGUCUCCUCCUUCCCUUCUCUCGAUCCUCUACAUCAGCCAGCCUGCAAUGCUCAGACCUGGGCAGCUACGCCUCCCACCUCCACAUCAAGUCCUCCAGUGCCCUGCUGGAAGGUAGCGAGUCAGGCUUGCCCUCUGAGGAUUUAGUGGGAGAUGACGAUGUGUUUGAGGAAGACCAGCCCAGUCCUACUUCAAAAGAAACGGGUCAACCAGCAUCUCCAAAAUUGGUGAGAGUGGCUGCGUCAGUUGGACUUCUAGCUCCAGUGUGCUAUAUGGAAGGAGACAGCGAUCUGGACUGCUGUCCAUCCCCUUUGUCAGAGAAAACGGGGCCACUGUCACCUUAUUCUCUAUCCGGGGACUGCUGCAGGAUUUGUCACUGCGAAGGGGAUGACGAGAGCCCUCUGAUCACACCAUGCCACUGCACAGGGAGCUUGCGCUUUGUCCACCAGUCCUGUCUACAGCAGUGGAUCAAGAGCUCUGACACUCGUUGCUGUGAGCUGUGUAAAUACGAGUUCAUCAUGGAGACUAAACUCAAACCACUGCGCAAGUGGGAGAAACUACAGAUGACGGCGAGCGAGAGAAGAAAGAUCAUGUGUUCAGUCACCUUCCACAUCAUCGCCAUCACCUGUGUGGUGUGGUCCCUCUACGUUCUCAUCGACAGAACAGCAGAGGAAAUCAAAUCAGCCGGAAGAGUCCCAGGAAUCCUGGAAUGGCCUUUCUGGACCAAGCUUGUGGUGGUGGCCAUCGGAUUUACAGGUGGACUGGUUUUCAUGUACGUCCAGUGCAAAGUCUACAUCCAUCUAUGGAGGAGACUCAAGGCGUAUAACCGGGUCAUAUAUGUGCAGAACCGUCCAGAGACAUAUAAAAAGUAUCCACUGGAGAAGCCCCCCCUAAUGGAGCCGAGUCUGGAGAACAAAGAGGCUCUGGCCCCCAAUCUGUCAGACACAAACUCCUCCCAGUACACGGAAACAGAGGACUACAGUAUGGAGGUGCUUCAUGUCUGACAACAGAGUCUGUGCCAUUGGUUGUCGUGCACAUACUCCACACCCAAACAGGCCCGCAGAGGAGAGGAACAGUCGUGAUCGGUCACUGAGGAACAACCGUACCCUUUUCCCUGAAGCCAGAAUGACCCACGUCCUCCACUAUCACCUUAUACUCCCUAAACUCCAUCCACAAAGACAGAGAGGCCAUGAGCUUCCCUCUGCCUACAUUCCUCCUAUCACACUGUAUUCCUCCCUCCACCUGCAUCUUUUCCUUUCCCAGGAACAGACUCUUUACACUGACUUCUGUAAAUGUUGGAAGAGGCCUGGUGCAAACCACUCUGUAUACACACACACACACACACACACACACACACACACACACACACACAGACUCUUUAAUGUACACCUCUGGGAGAGCUGGACUGAAAAGAAUGGACUUGCAAAUGGCUCUGGAGGUCUACAGGUCCCCGAUGUGUGGUUUGUUUGUGGGUUUUGAUCAAUCUGUUCUUUUUUUUACCUCCUGUGAGUGUCGGGCUAACCUGCCAUGGAUCAGUAUGUAGCGCCAUGCAUCAAGAUCUCUGGAACAUUCCAGAUACUGCCAUCUCUGCGGUCUGUCAGCUCCACGCGGUCUGGAUCCAGCGAGACCUGGAUCCGAAGAUGCAUCAAAGCACUUUUUAUUUUUUAGUCCCCAAAGCACAUCCCACCCCUUCUUCUCAUUGCCCCCUCUUUUUUUUUUUUCUUGUAUCUUGUACGUUGUAAAUGGGGGAGAGCAAACAAACUUUUCUUCAAGUGCAACAUAUGCUUAAAGAUUAAUCCUUCUGUGGAUGACUAAAAGGAUUUGGGGUUAAAAAAAAAUGAGUCAUUUGAACGACGUCAGUUGCAUAACUUUGAUUCAGAUGAUGGAAAAUCUAGCCACUUGACUUCUGUACCCCAUGGUGAACUUUCUGAAGGCUUUGAGAAUGUAAUCUUUUUAAAAAUGAUUUCAAAAAAUUUAUAAAAUGAAAAAAAAAAAUCAUUUUUUUACUGGGAAAUUGCGCUUUGUCUCGAUCAUAAUGAGGCCCUUCGGGCAUAAACAACGUCGCGCUUGUGUUUUGUUUUCUUUGUUUGUUUGUUUUUAAUAGGUAUUUACAGUUUUUAACAUGUUAACUCGCUUGCUUAGCCAUGGGACAAGCCUCGAGGAAUCCACAGCUGCCUACUUUCAGUUUGUCCACUGAACUUUAACCAAAGGUUUUAACUACAAAAAAGAAACAUGCUUUAGCUCCUACCCUGUUUUUUUGCAUGGUUACAAUCCAGCCACACUUAAUCUUUUCACUUAAUUAAGCAAGAUUAAGGUGGAAGUGUGAAAGGAUUCUUAGUGAGCAUUUCAGAUGAGUACUCGGUGUAAGUGUAUUUUAUUUGUUUUCGCUCUCUUACAUGUUGGUCUACUUUAGUAUUCGAUCACAAGACAGCCAACUGAUUUCUGGCUUAAAAAACACCUUUUUUUGCCACGUUUACUCCACAGUUAAGCAUUAAGAAUGACUUUGAAGUCAGUGUAACAUUUCACUGCUGCUCAUUACGUUCAGAAAAACUCAGUUUCUUUUAAUAAAAUCAAUGCAAUACAGCUGCUUAUUUAUGGUUGUGACAGAGUCGAUGUGCAUCAUUGCUUUUUGAGGAGCUGACUGUACCGCCAUCUGCUGGUGUUAAAGUGAAGGUGCAGCCUGAGAUGGGCAGCGGUUGAUUUCUCAGGUCGAAGUGGGUGUUUUUUCUGGGGGGGGGCUCACAGUCAUUGUAAGUGCGUUUGUCUAUGUGAGAGCACAGCAAUGCCCAGGCUCAUGUUGAGCCUUACAGCCAUUCCAGCAACACACACAUUUUUCAAAAACUGUAUUUGAUACCAGUAUACUGUAUGUGAACAAUGAUGGUCCAACAACGUACCUGACAAUUACUGCUCAGCAGCAGCAAUAAAGCGCUUUGGGGGUUUUUUUGUUUUGUGUUAUUUGCAUACUGUAUUUAUGUAUAUGCCCCACGGAGACUUGAGAUCUGGAGUUUAAUAUAAUUUUAAUACAUAAAUGAGCCGAGGGACUUGUUGUGUGUCAAGUUGGAUUAAGACCUAGUAAUGAGAACCAUCUCAGAUUCUUCAGUACCCGGGAGGCUCAGUGCAAUUAGACAGAUUUUAUUUUUUAAAAAGUGCAAUUACCCUUUUGUUGAUGUUCUGUUCUGCAAUUAUGUACCGGUGUUUAAAGUCCAGGAUGUCCUCUGGAUAGAAAAUUACUUUCUUUAUAUUGUGUUGUAUUUAUUUUUAACUGAAAACAGCAUAUUUUUGUUCAUUUACACACAAAAAAGACCCUUUCAUUAGUGAAUUUUAUGCAACUUACACUUAAUUUUUCUUCCCAGACACUAAUAGAAGAAAAUUAUUUUCAGCCCUUGUUUUGCAUGUAGUCAUUCAGAUAAUAGAGUUGCUCAAAGCUUCAGUCCUUUUUUAGUUUUUAAAUUGAUUGUGGUGUCUUUUUACUUUCUACCCAUAGGAGCUGGCUCCUUCAAUGAAAUAUGAGAGGAGUUUUGUUCUAGUGUGAUGGCUUUGGAUUGUUUCCUCUCUGAACAUCUUAUCCUCUUUACCGUCUUUGCGUCACUCACCCUUUACGUCCAUAAUCCCACGGAGCAGAACAUCAACUGAGACUCUUCUCAGCCUCACUAUUUUAGGCUGUCUGUUGAUUACCUGGUGACUAAAAUUUGAUCAUGUCUGGGACUAGUGUAACUUGCAUAAAAGCUACAUUUGUUUACUACUGACUGGACUUGAACAUAUAUGACUGUUCCCCUGUCUUAUACCAUUCCGCAAGUCUGUCUGUGAAUUUGCUUUGAAAUAGUAACUGUAAAGAAUUUGGUAAAAUGUACUUUUUUGUUUUUAUGAAAAAUGUUGAUGUGCUUUCAGUUAAUUUCCCACGUUUGAACAAAAUAUGUAGUAAUUAAAAGAACAACCAAAUAAAAAAUUAAGUGACUUUUAAAA